CCUGCUGCCCCUGCUAGACCUCCCUGCCUGACUCCCAGCUCCCCGCCUCAUUCCCCGGGGCUCCCUCCAGGGGGCGCGGUCGUGGGGCUGGGGACAGGCCUAAAUGCAGGCAGGGACCCCCCCGGGGAGCAGCCCCUAGUGCCCAGCUGGGGGGGAUCUGUGGGGAGGGGCCCAGUCUCACCCCCCUGCUCUCUGUUCCCAGGCGCGGCCCUGCAGUGCCUGAAAUGCGACUUCACCGCGUUCGACGCCCCCUGUCAGCUCACCCCGGUCACCUGCCAGGCCGGGCAGCUCUGUGCCACCAUCCGGGGCCACGCAGCUGGCCACAAGACGAUUGUGCGGAAGAACUGUGUGGACGAGGUGAAAUGCAGCACCCAGGACACGGCCACCUGGGCCGGCGUCACCUAUACCACCUCCUACACCUGCUGUGAGGGCGAUUUCUGCAAUUAGGCCAGGGCCCCGGAGCACCCCUGGGGCCGGCGCCUCUGACUGCCCCCCAUUUCAGGGCUCGGAUUUGUCUUGCGUGCCCCCAAAUUUCACCUCCCUUAAAAACGACUCGCUGACGUCAAAAUACAGAAGUGUCCCAGCCCACUGUGACAGAACAGUGGCUGACGUUCUCAGUUUGAUGCUAUAAUUAGAAAAUAAAUCAAUUGGAAUAGAAA